UAAAAAUAAAUCGCGGAAUCCCCGCCGAGCCCCGGCCGUGCCAGCGCAAGAUUCGGGAUCCGGGGCGGGCACGGGCGCUGCGGCUCGGGAGCCUCCCCCCCUCCGAUGCUGCCGGUGCCACGGCACAGCCCGCAGCAGCCUUUGCACAGGAGGAGAGCGGCAGCUCGGUCCCUCCAUCGCCAUGCCUCAGCCCACCACCCUCAUCCUCCUCCUGGCCGGGCUCUGCGCGUCCUCACUGGGCCAGUACAACGAGGAGGAGGACCUGGCGUGGCUCCAGUACUACCUGCGGCAAUCCCGCGCCUCCUCCUACAACUACGUGCCCUACUACGAGGAGGAGAGCCCCGCGUACGCCUACUCCUACCCCAGCGCCACCGACACGGAGCCGGAGCCCGAGCCCGAGCCGCAGCAGGCAGUGCCCUGGCGGUGUCCCCAAGAGUGUGACUGUCCCCCCAACUUCUCGUCGGCCAUGUACUGCGACACGCGCAACCUGCGCUACCUGCCCUUCGUGCCGUCGCGGAUGAAGUACGUCUAUUUCCAGAACAACCUCGUCACCUCCAUCCAGGAGGGCGCCUUCGACAACGCCACCGAGCUGGAGUGGCUGGCGCUGCACAACAACCAGAUCAGCAGCGACAAGAUGGGCAAGAAGGUUUUCGGGAAGCUGCAGAGGUUGGAGAGGCUCUACAUGAACAACAACAACCUGACGCGGCUGCCCAGCCCGCUGCCGCGCUCGCUGCGCGAGCUCCACCUCUCCUACAACCAGAUCUCCAAGGUGCCUCCCAACGCUCUGGAGGGGCUGGAGAACCUCACGGCGCUCUACCUCAGCCACAACUUCAUCUUCGAGAUGGGCGCGUCCCUCAAGGGGCUCAAGUCGCUUAUCCUGGCCGACCUGAGCUACAACAACCUCAGGAAGGUCCCCGACGGGCUGCCGGCCUCGCUGGAGCAGCUCUACAUGGAGUACAACUACAUCAACGCCAUCCCCGAUGAGUAUUUCCAGGUGUCCCCCAGGCUGCUGUACGUGAGGAUGUCCCACAACAGCCUGACCAACCAAGGGCUCUCCAGCAACACCUUCAACAGCAGCAGCAUCCUGGAGCUGGACCUCUCCUACAACCGGCUGCAGAAGAUCCCGCGGGUCAACACCAACCUGGAGAACCUCUACCUGCAGGGGAACCAGAUCGACGAGUUCUCCAUCAGCAGCUUCUGCUCCGUGGUGGACGUGGUGAACUACUCGCGGCUGCAGGUGCUGCGGCUGGACGGCAACGCCAUUAAACGCAACGCGGUGCCCCCGGACGCGCCGCUGUGCCUGCGCCGCGCCACCGUCAUCGAGAUCUGAGCCCCCCCAGGACUGGUGUCCCCCACAGGUCCCCAGGGGGAUCCCCUCGUUCCUGCUUCCCCGCCCGACUCGCAGCGCCAUCGCCGUUUUUUCCGGAAUUGUCCCGUUUUUCACUCAGAUCCCGGCUCUGACCCCGCCACAGCGUCCCACGAAGGGGACACGGGCAGCUCCUGUCCCAGGGUGGGGUGGGACACGGCAGGGGUGGGGAUCGUCCUGCCUUGGAC